GUGUAUCGUGUGCGCCAGUUGGAAGUGAGUGGAAUUGUUAAGGAGAGAAGCUCUUGCGAACCCCCGUCGUGUGUCCCCGUGUGGUGGUCGUCCGCGUUCCGCGGGUGUACAAAAUUUCGUUUUCGCAAAACGGGGAAGCGCAACUGGCGGUCGAGAAGAAAAUAGAUACAAAACCGGGAAAUAAUCGCCCCCGGAGAGUGAAACCGUGCCGUUUCGUAGUGCGUGUGCUAUCUGUGCGUUCGUGGUUGUGCUGGAAGCGAGGAAGAAGAGCAACAAGCAGCAGAAGCAAAUAAAAAAAAAUAAAAGAAGAAAGCAAGAAUAGUAAUAAUAGAUGAUUGUGCUGCCGUGCAGUGGAACCGUGUGAGGGGGUAGAUUUUUAUCAUUGCCUCGUGCGAUUGUGGUGUUGCAUUUUCCGCAGAAAGGGAAGCAGAUAAAUUAAUCUAGCUCGUUGUGGCGCGAGGUGUGAAUAAGGAAGAAAACGAAGAAACGAAGUGUGUGCGCGACAGCUAGAUCGAAAGGGGGUGGUUUUGGGGGGGCCAUUGUUUAAUGCGGUAACCUUCCGGUUCGAUCGGGUAUACCGGGGUAUACACUAAUGUUUCGCCGUCGGCGUCGACGUCGGGGCGUGUGAUCGUGAUCGUGAAGGCAAAGGAGCCUUUAGAGAGUGUGACAAGCGAGUCGGAGGAUCACCGUGUGUCGCUAAUUGGGCUACCAUUGCCUAACCCCAAACGGAAGGGUGUUCCAGAUCCUUGGUCACGAUCGGACCGAAGGCGACCAAAAUUCCGUCCUCCUGCACGAGCAGGACCACAACGAUGAACAAGCUCGAGUACUCGCGGCGCAAUGGCACGCAAAAGAUACGGAUCACAAUUCUAUGCGCCCGAAAUCUGGCCCGGAAAGACCUGUUCCGACUCCCAGAUCCAUUCGCAAAGAUCAUCGUUGAGGGUACGUCGCAGGAGUACACGACGGAAAUCUGCAAGGCGUCGCUGGAUCCGCGCUGGAGCUCGCACUACGAUCUGUUUCUCGGCAAGAAUGACAACAUCAUCAUCUCGAUCUUUAACCACCGGAAGUUGCCCAAGCGGCAAGCCUUCCUUGGUUGCGUGCGGAUCAUGGCGUCCAGCAUUCAGCUGCUGCGUGAUACGGGAUAUCAACGGUUGGAGUUGGUGAAACGAUCGCAGGAUGAUCCGGAUCAGGUCAAGGGACAAAUCAUCGUAUCGCUGAUGUCGCGGGAUAGUGCCACCGGUGGUACGCCGCUUGCGAUCGUUAGCCCUGCUGGGGAUGUACGUGUUCCGGAUGACGACGACGUGGUUGAGGACACGCUGAUAGUCGAGCAGCAACAGCAGCAACAGCAGCUCCCACAAGGAUGGGAGGAACGCAGACAGGCAGGACGCACGUACUACGUGGACCAUUUCACUAAGACCACACAGUGGCAUCGGCCAACGGAACCGGCUGGUCCACUCGUACGCCAUCCGGUCGCUAAUGGUGCCACCAAUGGAUCACCACACGCUCUCAAUGGGAACGUGAACGGAGGACAACAGCGACAGCAGGAGCAACAGCACAUUCUUGGGAGUCCAACGAAUGCGAACAACGCGGCGAAUGGGGUGGGCGAGGACAACACCGGAUGUCCCACGAUACCGGCAGGGCCGUCUAAAUCGGCCACAAACAACAGCAUCAAUAGUAUUCAGUCGAACGAUUCUGGCAGUAGGCGACACUCGGCCGAGAUACUGAUCAGUACGAACAACAAGGAGAACUGCAUCAACCAGCAGCAGCAGCAUCAUCAUCACCAGCAACACCUCAACGGGAAGGAACAUUCGCAUCGAACGGCGGGUGGGAAGGACACCGACGCUGGUGGCAGGGAGGCGGUUCAAAUGAAUGGGAACGUGGUCGGAAGUCGUGGCGGAAGUGCGAACGCGCACAAUCGCUACCGGAACGAUGCGAAGAGUCCGGUUCACUCGCACGAUGAACCGAUCGUGAUCACACCCAGCUCCUCUAAGACGACGCCAUUGAUCGAAAUCCUGAACAGUCCGCUUGGAGGUGGUCUGCCCGAGCAGCAGGACAUUUCCCCACGCUCUGGGAACGGUCCAAGGGAACCACAACCGGUUACGGGAAUGACGAACGCCAUCGGAACGCUCUCGAUUGAUCCACCGGCGGGUUCACACCGACCACCGGGAUCCACCAAUGGUGCCGUGAACGGUUCGACUGUUGCAACCAACGGCCAAUGCGUGGUGGUAGUUAGUGAUGCUGGUGGUGUAACGAAUUUAAGCAGCCCCAACCAUCAGCACCAGCGCAGUGGAGGUGACGCGAGUGUACCGGGGGGAGGCGGACAUCAAUCAAAACCUACCGUGCCUUCGUAUUUGCCGUUGGGGGCGAGCAAUGGCACUGUUAAUGGCCACAACAACACCAACGCGACCGGAACAAACGGCGCACACAAUGGCAAUCAUAGUAAUUCGUCCUCCGCUCCCGAUACAGUCGGUGGUGGUGGUGGAGGAGGCGGAGGGGGAGGUGGUGGCGGAGGAAGGUCAAAUCAUGGUACGCCUGGGAACGCGGUUGGAGAGGCAUGUCAUCGUGAAGGUUCCGCCUCGCGGCAUCGGAACCGUCCAGCCAGACAUGGCGAUGAAUCGUCCCGACGGCGAACGUCCCGUGACAGGCCACCGAGGCCCGGUGCGGUAGGAGUUGGGAUGGGGCAGCCCCGACCAGGCAAUGGGGUUCCCUUCAUCCGACCAGCCGUCGAUCUUCCCCAUGGUUAUGAAAUUCGAACGACACAACAAGGACAGGUGUAUUUCUACCAUAUACCAACGAGGCAGUCCACCUGGCACGAUCCGCGGAUACCGCGGGACUUCGACACGCAGAACCUGACGACGGAAACACUCGGACCGCUACCACACGGCUGGGAGCAACGUAGGACGGCCUCGGGCCGGGUGUACUUUGUCGAUCACAACAACCGGACGACCCAAUUCACGGACCCGCGGAUAAACAUGCACGUCCUGCAGAUGCUCCGGCGGCAGAACAGUGCCACCGUGUCGCCACCGGCCAACGGAUGUUCGUCGAACUUUUCGCCACUGUCGGGGGCAGGACCACAGGUACCGAAUGGUGCUGCAGGAUCAGUCCGACACGCCGCCCUAGCGGAAGCGGUCAAUGCUCUCGCUAACGGAGACAUCGCGGUAUCGCAUCAUCACCACUCACCGAGGGGAGCGACCGUGAGCAAUAACAUUCCCGAUCUGCCGCAAGGGCUAAUGGAUAGCGCCGAUCUGCUGCCGAAGUACCGGCGGGAUCUGGUGGGCAAGAUCCGAGCCCUACGGCAGGAGCUGCAACUGCUGCAGCCCCAGUCUGGCCACUGUCGUUUGGAGGUGUCUCGAAAUGAAAUAUUUGAAGAGAGCUAUAGACUGAUCAUGAAGAUGCGUCCCAAAGAUAUGCGCAAGCGGUUGAUGGUGAAGUUCAAGGGUGAAGAGGGACUGGAUUAUGGUGGAGUGGCCCGCGAGUGGUUGCAUCUGCUGUCCCGAGAAAUGCUUAACCCGCAGUAUGGUUUGUUCCAGUACAGCCGGGAUGAUCACUACUCGUUGCAGAUUAAUCCCGAUUCCGGCGUUAAUCCAGAGCAUCUGUCGUACUUUCACUUCGUGGGGCGCAUCCUGGGCAUUGCCGUGUUUCACAAUCACGUGCUGGACGGUGGGUUUACGAUGCCGUUCUACAAACAGCUGCUCAACAAACCGAUCACGCUGUCCGACAUCGAGGAUGUCGACCCGGAGCUACACCGUAGUUUGACGUGGAUUCUUGAGAACAACAUAACGGGUGUGAUUGAUUCGACGUUCAGCGUGGAAAACAACAGCUUUGGUGUGCUGAAGGUGCACGAGCUCAAACAGAACGGUGGCGCCAUCUCGGUGACGGAGGACAAUAAGCGGGAGUACGUGAAGCUGUACGUGAACUAUCGGUUUAUGCGUGGCAUCGAGCAGCAGUUUUUAGCUCUCUCCAAAGGAUUCGGUGAGUUGAUCCAUAGCCAUCUGCUUCGGCCCUUCGACGAGCGGGAACUGGAGCUGCUUAUCAGCGGUAUUAGUCAGAUCGAUGUGACCGAUUGGAAGGCCAACACGCGGCUGAAGCAGUGCACUAUCGAUACACCGCAGAUCAUGUGGUUCUGGCAGAUCGUAGAGUCCUACUCGGCGGAAAUGCGCGCGCAGUUGCUACAGUUCGUGACGGGUUCGUGCCGUGUGCCACUGCAAGGUUUCCGGGCGCUUCAGGGCUCAACCGGUGCCGUCGGUCCGCGGCUUUUCACGAUUCAUCUGACCGCGGACGUACCGAUCCAGAACCUGCCGAAGGCGCACACCUGCUUCAACCGGCUCGACCUUCCGAUGUACGACUCCUACCAGCUUAUGUACGACAAACUGACGCAGGCCGUCGAAGAGACGUGCGGAUUCGCUGUGGAGUAG